AUGUGCGUGUACUUGGCGCCGCGAUGGCGUCGACGUUGCUUCGUCUUGACGGUAGUUUAUACGCUCCUGCCGCUCUGGACGACGGACGCCCGCGCUCUGCGUGACGUUGGGGCGAGUCCGGAGACGUGGGAUGCAGCAGGUUCCGGGUCAAACGCAGUGAGUGGAGGCGUCGCGGGCUUUUCAGUAGUGCAGAGCUCGACGAGAGCGUGGAACUCGGGCAGCUUUAGCGACGGCAGUGAGCUCAACGGCGACAAGUCUGUGACGUUUGGUAGUUUAUUGAUGGGGAAGGAGGAGAAGGAGACGAGGGUGGCUUUGGUGAGUCCUUCUAGUUCAUCUGCAGCUGCGGACCACGAGGUUCGUAUGACGCCGCGUGCAUCUUCGUCCAUCGUGGCUACAGGCAACACGCGAUGCAGUGUAAAGCGGAGGAGGGAUCAUAAGAACGAGGACACUGGUCACGUUCAACUGUCCGACGAGGGGGCAAAGGAUGUGGGCCCUGUCACGAAUGCAGACAGCAAGUUAUAUAACGAUGGGACAAUUGGUGCUACGGGUGCGGCAAACGAGGCUCCAACGAUCACACCGCCUUCAGUACCGACAAGUCGUGCGUUGCCGCCACAUCAUGAAGCUCUUAGUGCUAAGGCGAAGGAAUGGUUGCCAUCAUUCAGCUCGAGCAAAACGAAAUCGACAGGUCGGUCGGAGGAGUCUUCAGACAGUGCUGACGUGCUUGAGAACUCGACGAAAUCGGCCUCUUCGACGGUGACCAGCUCUUCGUCUUUCGACCAGACGCUUGUGGUGGUCAUUAUUGGUGUCGUCGGUGCGAUCGGAGCCUUUCUCCUCGUUGUUUCGCGUAAGGUAUUGCAGGAGACGGGUGACGACGACGAUUUGGAGGAUUUGAGUCUCUUCUAG